UCAUGAAAAGGUCAACACAAUAAAGUAAUGUCAACGCAAAGGCUACCGGAUUAGCCAGUAACCUAACAUCCUUUUACGUUAAGGGACCUAUUUACUUAAACCCGUGGGGUUUAUAUAAUAAAACGUAACUGAAGCCAUUUCAGACCAAAAGAGCAUCACAACAACAUAUCAUAUAUUUUGAGUUACAAACCCUUAGAGUAUGGAGAUAUCGAGGAGGGAACAUGUUUCAUCGGUUCACCAGUGUCUAAGAGUGAGCUUCCACGUCUCUCUAAUGGUACGUUGUGCUAAACAGGCAAGCCGAAUCUCAAACAAGCUUAAACUCAAGCUACAUGGGAUUCCGGCACCGUCUUUUUCGAUGAUGAAAAGACGUCCUAAGGAGCUCUUGACGACUUUAAGCAACAAGGCGAAGACUAUGACUGGUCGGAAGAAAAAAUCUUACGACGGCUGUGGAGGUACACAAGCAAAGAAGGCCGUGGAGAUGGUGAUGGAGGAGGAAGAGGAGGAGGAAUCUCGCAUUUGGCAAAGAAAGGUUUUAAUGGGAGACAAAUGUGAGCCGUUGUGUUAUUCCGGCGUGAUCUUCUACGAUUGUAGUGGACAUCAAGUCAAGGAACUGCCUCCGAGAUCGCCAUGUGACAUUUGGGUGCCGGAACGGCCCAGGCGUUCGUAUACCGGGUCGGUGUUAAGUUUGACGGAAGAGGAAUUUGACUGAUGUUCUGUUUGGUGUGUUAUGAGGGUGAGUAGUGAUUAAACUCGCUAGAAGUUACGUUAAUCCCUUGUGAUUUGUAGAUGAUAUCAAAUAUUUUAUGCAGAUUAUUGUGUAAUCCAUUUGGUAAACUAAUAAGGAUCUAGCGAAGAAAACAAUACUAUAUAAUAAAAGGCCAAGUUUCCUUAUCAA